UCCCCUGUGAGCCCGGCCUCAGGCAGCUAGGAAACCGGGGGCGGCUUGGAGGAGGAGGAGGAUGCUGCUGCUGCUUCUGCGGCGGAGCUGGAGAUGGCUGGAGAAGGCGAGGAGGCGGCGCCGGUGCGGCAGCUGCUGAAUAAUUGAGGAGCGGGCGUUGCAGGCGAGGAAGGAGCCCCCCAGGAAGGAGAAGGAGAGGAAGAAGAGGAGGAGGAGGAAGAGCCCAUGGUCGCAGCCGGAGGGUCGAGGCCGCCCGGCCGGCGCCUGCCGCAAACGCCGACCCGCUCUGCCUUGCAAAGGCUGUGACCACCAAGACCCCCUCUCCCACCCUCCCCGCUCCAUCCCAGCACCAUGGCUUUGGUGGUCCACCUCAAGAGCGCCACCGACCUGCGCGGGAGAGGCGACCGCAUCGCCAAAGUGGCCUUCCGAGGUCUCUCCUUCUACACCCGAGUGCUUGAGAACUGCGAGAAUGAAGCUCCAUUCGAUGAGACUUUCCGGUGGCCCAUUGCGAGCAGUAUCGACGUCAACGAGAUGCUGGAAAUCCAGGUCUUCAACUACAGCAAGGUGUUCUCCAACAGGCUCAUUGGAACCUUCCAGAUGGUCCUGCAGAAGGUGGUGGAAGAAGGACACCUGAAGGUGACGGACACCUUGAUUGACGACAACAAUGCCGCCAUCCAGACCAGCGUCUCCAUCGAGAUCCAAUACCAGGCCAUAGACGGCACUGUUGGCGCUUGGAAUGACGAAGAGUUCCAGGAGAGCCCCAGCCGGACCCGAUCCGAGGGGGACCCCUACGAGACGGACGCCUUGCUCCCCAGUAGUCGCCGUCAGUCGCCCAGCAAGGCCAGUGCCGCGGAGCGGGCCCUGCGAAGCAAAGGCAAGGACAAGACAAACAAAGCUGGGAAAGGAGUCUUUUCCGCCAUGAAGCUGGGUAAAGUGCGCCACCCCAAAGACGACCACAGAAAACAAGAUGAACCGGCCGUUCUGGAAGCCGAGGACCUGGACCGCAAAGCCAUGCGCCUGGGGGGCGGCCUGGACCCGGACACCAUCUCCUUGGCCUCCGUCACCGCCGUCACCACCAACGUCUCCAACAAGAGGUCAAAGCCUGAUAUCAAAAUGGAGCCUAGCGCUGGGAGGCCAAUGGAUUACCAGGUCAGCAUCACGGUCAUCGAGGCCCGGCAGCUGGUGGGGCUGAACAUGGAUCCGGUGGUCUGCGUGGAAGUCGGGGACGAGAAGAAAUACACCUCCAUGAAGGAGUCGACCAACUGCCCCUAUUACAAUGAGUACUUUGUCUUUGACUUCCAUGUUCCACCAGACGUCAUGUUCGACAAAAUCAUAAAAUUGUCGGUGAUCCACUCCAAGAACCUCUUGCGCAGUGGGACUUUGGUGGGCUCUUUCAAAAUGGAUGUCGGCACCGUUUACAGCCAGCCAGAGCACCAGUUCCACCACAAAUGGGCCAUCUUGUCCGACCCGGAGGACAUCACGGCUGGGCUGAAGGGAUACCUGAAGGUGGACGUUGCGGUGGUGGGCAAAGGGGACAACAUCAAGACGCCGCACAAAGCCAACGAGACGGACGAGGAUGACAUCGAGGGGAACCUUCUUCUCCCCGACGGAGUCCCUCCGGAGCGGCAGUGGGCCCGCUUCUACAUCAAGAUCUACCGGGCGGAGGGCCUUCCGCGCAUGAACACCAGCAUCAUGGCCAACGUCAAGAAGGCGCUCAUUGGGGAGAACAAGGACCUGGUGGACCCCUACGUCCAGGUCGUUUUUGCAGGACAGAAGGGCAAGACGUCCGUCCAGAAGAGCAGCUACGAGCCCUUCUGGAACGAGCAGAUUGUCUUCACGGAGAUGUUCCCCCCGCUCUGCAAGCGCAUCAAGGUCCAGAUCCGCGACUCCGACAAGGUCAACGAUGUGGCCAUCGGGACCCACUUCAUCGACCUCCGGAAGAUCUCCAACGAAGGAGACAAAGGUUUCCUGCCCACCUUUGGCCCGGCCUGGGUGAACAUGUACGGCUCCACCCGCAACUACACCCUGAUGGACGAGCACCAGGACCUGAACGAGGGGCUCGGGGAAGGGGUCUCCUUCCGGGCCCGGCUGCUCCUCGGCUUGGCAGUGGAGAUAUUGGACACCAGCAACCCGGAGCUCACCAGCUCCACCGAGGUGCAGGUGGAGCUGGCCACUCCGGUCUCUGAUAACUGCACUGGCAAGAUGGAGGAGUUCUUCCUCUUUGGGUCCUUGCUGGAGGCCACCAUGAUUGACAGGAAGAACGGAGACAAGCCGAUCAACUUUGAGGUCACAAUCGGCAAUUAUGGUAACGAGAUCGAUGGGAUGUCCAAGCCUGUCAUCAGGAAGAAGAAAGAAGGUGGAGGAGAUGGCAACGAAGAGGAAUCGGAGCUUCUCCAGAAUGAGAGCGAAGAAGAAGGAGGCGACGAGGGAGAAUUCAUCUCGGUAUCGGUCACUCCGCCCAUGAAGCCUUUGGUCACCGACAGGAACUACUUCCACCUGCCAUAUUUUGACAAGAAGCCCUGCAUUUACAUGAAGAGUUGGUGGCAAGACCAGAGGCGGAGGCUCUAUAAUUCCAACAUCAUGGACAAAAUUGCAGACAAAUUGGAAGAAGGCCUCAAUGACGUUCAUGAGAUGAUCAAGACGGAGAAGCCCCAUCCGGAACGGCGCCUGCGAGGGGUUCUGGAGGAACUGAGCAGCAGUUGCCUACGGUUUGUGACGCUUGCCAACAAAGAGCAGGGCCACUCCUCCCGGACACGGCUGGACCGAGAGAGGCUGAAGUCCUGUAUGCGGGAGCUGGAGACGAUGGGCCAGCAGGCCAAGACCAUGCGCUCCCAGGUGAAGAAGACCACCAUCCGGGACAAGCUGAAACAGUCCCAGAACUUCCUGCAAAAGCUGCGCUUCCUGGCCGACGAGCCCCAGCACAGCAUCCCAGAGGUCUUCAUUUGGAUGAUGAGCAACAACAAGCGCAUUGCCUAUGCCCGCAUCCCUUCCAAGGACAUUCUGUACUCCAUCGUGGACGAGGAAACGGGCAAGGACUGCGGCAAAGUGAAAACGGUCUUCUUGAAGUUGCCAGGGAAAAGGGGCUUUGGACCGGCUGGCUGGACAGUGCAGGCCAAAAUGGAGAUCUACCUGUGGCUGGGGCUGAACAAGCAGCGGAAGGACUACCUUGGAGGGCUUCCUUGCGGCUUCGAGGAGAAGAAGCUGCCCAGGGGACAGGGCAUCCCAAACUUCCCACCCAUCUGCCUCCUUUACACCAAGAAACAGGUCUUCCAGCUCCGUGUCCACAUGUACCAGGCCAGGAGCCUUUUUGCUGCAGACAGCAGCGGACUUUCGGACCCUUUUGCUCGGGUUUUCUUCAUCACUCAGAGCCAAUGCACGGAGGUCCUCAACGAGACGUUAUGUCCAACCUGGGACCAGCUGCUGGUCUUUGACAAUGUGGAGCUGUACGGAGAAGCCCAUGAGAUGCGGGACGACCCUCCCAUCAUCGUGAUCGAGAUCUACGACCAGGACACAGUGGGCAAGGCGGACUUCAUGGGCCGGACGUUUGCGAAGCCAGUGGUGAAGAUGUCGGACGAGGAGUAUUGCCCGCCCCGCUUCCCGCCCCAGUUGGAGUACUACCAAAUUUACCGGGGCAAUUCCACCGCCGGAGACCUCCUGGCUGCCUUUGAGCUGCUCCAGCUUCCGUACGACGACGAAGAGAUCAGGAGGGCCUUGCGGGCGGCCACUGACCCCUCUUGCAUCCCCCAAACCAAGAUUGGCCCGGCUGGGAAGUCGGACUUGCCUCCCAUUGACGGACCCACGGACUUGGAUCGGGGCCCCAUUUUGCCAGUUCCGCUUGGGAUCCGACCCGUGCUGAGCAAAUACAGAGUCGAGAUCUUGUUCUGGGGACUGAGGGACCUCAAGCGGGUGAACUUGGCCCAAGUGGACCGACCUCGGGUGGACAUCGAAUGCGCCGGGCGCGGGGUCCAGUCCUCCCUCAUCCAGAACUACAAGAAAAACCCCAAUUUCAGCACCUUGGUCAAGUGGUUUGAAGUGGACCUCCCCGAAAACGAGCUUCUUCACCCGCCUUUGAACAUCCGGGUGGUGGACUGCCGGGCCUUUGGCCGCUACACCUUGGUGGGCAGCCACGCGGUCAACUCCCUGCGGAAAUUCAUCUACCGGCCUCCGGACAAGAAGGCCCAUCACUGGAGCACCGCAGCUAAGCUCAUGAAUGCCUACGUGGCCCUGGCCAACGGAGGCCCCUGUUCUUCUCCCGCAGGUGAAAUCGUGGUCAACAUGGAGCCCGAGGUUCCCAUCAAGAAGAUGGAGACCAUGGUCAAGCUGGAAGCAAACUCUGAUGCCGUUGUGAAGGUGGACGUGUCGGAAGAAGAGAAGGAGAAAAAGAAGAAGAAAAAGAAAGGGGGCAUAGAGGAAAUGGAGGAGGAGGAGCCUGACGAGAGCAUGCUGGACUGGUGGUCCAAGUAUUUCGCCUCCAUUGAAACCAUGAAGGAGUUACUUUGGCAACAGGAGGCAGCUGCGGUGGAAGCGGAGGAGAAGGAGGAGAUGGAGUUGUCUGAUGGCUUGAAGGUCCAAGGGAAGACCAAGGAGAAAAACAAGGUGGCCAAAGAGGACAAGAAGAAGAAGCAGCAGCAGCAGCUUCCAGAUGCCCCCGAGAAGAAGAACAAGCAGAAGAUCGAUGAGUUGAAGGUGUUUCCUAAAGAGCUGGAGACAGAGUUUGACAAUUUUGAGGACUGGCUGCACACCUUCAACCUUUUCCGGGGAAAGAUCGGCGACGAUGACGACAACUCGGCGGAUGAGGACCGCAUUGUGGGCCGCUUCAAGGGCUCCAUGUGCGUCUACAAAGUCCCGCUCCCCGAGGACGUCACCAAGGAAGCCGGCUACGACCCCAAUUUCGGCAUGUUCCAAGGCAUCCCCAGCAACGACCCCAUCAACGUCUUGGUCCGCGUCUACGUCGUGCGGGCGACGGAUUUGCACCCCGCGGAUAUCAAUGGCAAAGCCGACCCUUACGUGGUCAUUAAGCUGGGAAAGACAGACAUCAAGGACAAGGAGAACUACAUCUCCAAGCAGCUGAACCCAGUCUUUGGAAAGUCCUUCGACAUCGAAGCCACCUUCCCCAUGGAGUCAAUGCUGACGGUGGCCAUCUACGACUGGGACUUGGUCGGAUCCGAUGACCUGAUCGGCGAGACCAAGAUCGACCUGGAGAACCGAUACUACAGCAAGCACCGGGCCACGUGUGGCAUCGCCCAGACCUACGCCAUCCACGGCUACAACAUCUGGCGGGACCCCCAGAAACCGAACCAGAUCCUGUCCAAACUGUGCAAAGAGGGCAAAGUGGACGGACCGCACUACGGACCGGGAGGCCGGGUGAAGGUCUGCAACCGGGUCUUCAUGGGCCCCACCGACGUGGAGGACGAAAACGGUCAGAAAAAACAGACCGACGAGCAUUUGGCUCUCACGGUGCUGCACCAUUGGGAAGAGAUCCCUCGCGUUGGGUGCAAACUGGUGCCUGAACAUGUGGAAACCCGGCCUUUGCUCAAUCCAGACAAACCAGGAAUCGAGCAGGGGCGGUUGGAGAUGUGGGUGGACAUGUUCCCCAUGGACAUGCCGGCCCCGGGGCCUGCCAUCGACAUCUCACCGAGGAAGCCAAAGAAAUACGAGCUUAGAGUGAUAGUGUGGAACACUGAUGAGGUUGUCUUGGAGGAUGAUGAUUACUUCACUGGCGAGAAAUCCAGUGACAUUUUUGUCCGGGGGUGGCUGAAGGGCCAGCAGGAGGACAAGCAGGACACGGACGUCCACUACCACUCGCUGACCGGUGAGGGCAACUUCAACUGGCGCUUCAUAUUUCCUUUCGACUACCUUGCGGCAGAGGAAAAGAUCGUCAUCUCAAAGAAAGAGUCCAUGUUCUCCUGGGACGAGACCGAAUACAAGAUUCCGGCCCGACUCACGCUCCAGGUGUGGGAUGCCGACCACUUUUCCGCCGAUGACUUCCUCGGAGGCAUUGAGCUCGACCUGAACCGCUUCCCACGCGGCGCCAAGACAGCCAAGCAGUGCUCUAUGGAGCUGGCAACCGGCGAGAUCGAGGUGCCCAUGGUCUCCAUCUUCAAGCAGAAGAGGGUGAAGGGCUGGUGGCCUUUCCUGGCGCGAGACGAGAACGACGAGAUGGAGAUGACGGGUAAAGUGGAGGCCGAGCUGCACCUGCUAACUGCUGAGGAAGCUGAGAAAAGUCCGGCCGGGCUGGCUCGUAACGAGCCCGACCCAUUGGAGAAACCCAAUCGCCCGGACACUUCCUUCAUCUGGUUCCUGAACCCACUCAAGUCGAUCAGAUACCUCAUCUGCACCCGGUACAAGUGGCUGAUCAUCAAGAUCGUCCUGGCCGUCCUGCUCAUCAUCAUGGUGGGCCUCUUCCUCUACUCCAUGCCUGGCUACAUGGUCAAGAAGCUCCUGGGGGCCUGAGGAAGCUGCUCCGUGGCCAGGCUCCUCUUCCAUUUCCGAGCCAGACGGUCUUCAUCACACUUCGUUUCACUUUUGUGGUUUCCUUGCGUUUCCUUUGGGGAGUAUUACUACGAUUACCUUAAGUAUUAUCCUGGUUUUAGUGGAGGCUAAGGUGUGUCUCAGGAUGUGCUUUGCCUUGUAUCUUGGGGGAGAGAUAGUGGUUUCUGCCAUCAUCCGUUCCCUUGAGGUCUCCAGUUCUAUUGAAGCUGGGUUGAAGUUCCAUAGUUCGAGGUGACCUUCUUAUCUCUACUUUCUGGUCCCUCAAAAAGUGGAGGUGAGCUGGCCUUCCAUUUUUUGUUUUUGUUUUCCUCACUGUGUGAAUUUGAUGCCUCCAAGCUUUCCUUUGUUUUGUGGUUUUUCUUUUGGAGCCGAGGCCACCAAAUGCUGUUCUGAGAAGAGCUGGAAAGGGCCUCCUGACCAGUUUAGGUGUGAUGUUGGUCAGUGUCUCAUUACGGAAUUGUUUUCAAUAAGGAUGAAGACUACGUACGGAGACCCCUAGGAAACAGGGGGUAGCCUGCUCCCAUUUUUGGUGGCUGUAAUAAUGCAAAAGGGCUAGUUAGUUUGUCAGAUGACAGGUCAAUAGGAAGGUGGCUUGUGUUGUGAGAAUAGGUUUAUAUCUGAGCCAGGAGCGGCUCUGCACAUGAUAUGAACCAAGCUGCCGUUCUUUUGCUGGAGUUUUCCACCCCUGCCAUUCCUUGUCCAGAAGGCACCAAAUAACCUCCAAAAUGCACUGCAACAAACACACAAAGGAGAAGCACAUCCUAACUUAUAAUCAAUUGAAAUCAACCAACUAAAGUUAGAAUAUGAAAGUAAAUAGACAUGCAAGUAAAUAUCGACCAACAAAAGUUAGAAUCUGAAACUAAAUAGAUAUGCAAAGAAAAUAUAUAUACAAAUUCAUAUACUGAAAAAAGAGAAGCACAACUUAACUUGUACUCAAUGAAAAUUGACCAACAAAAGUUAGGAUAUGGAAGUCAAUCAAUUCAUACAACAUAAAUAUAUAUACACAAAUUCAUCUAUCAAUAUAUGAAUUUGUAAAUCCAUGUCUUGGUAUUUAUAAGCUCAAAAGCACAAUACAAAUACUCCAUAUUAUCACUGGGACAGAUGUCUACGCAAGUGAACCUACUCCUGCAGUAAAUAGAAAUCCACAUUUCCGUGUUGUCCUCUUCUAGCAAGAGAUGAUAUGACCAGUGAUCAUUGUGCAUUGCAUGUUGAUGCGCAUGAGGCCUUUCCCGAGAAAAGCACAGAAACUUUCCAGAGAUGGCACAUAUCUCUAUUGCAAGCAUGGACACAUAUCUCUAUCACAAGCAAUAUGAACAAAAGAGCAAGGCAAAGGAGACUUCAUUUUGCCUUGGCACCACGAAGGGGCUGGUUACGAUCUUUGGCCAGGCUUCUUGGCUCUGGCGAAAAAGCACAAUGGAAAAAUCACAACCCGUUUCAGGGUAGGCAAUUUCUUGGCUCCCAAGUAUGAGAUGGGACUGCUGCUUGCGGCCUGUGGCAGAGUGGGAGGUUAAGUCAGGUGGCAGAGUAAGCAACUCUGCUAUUCCUAAACCAUUGUGAUCCUGCGCCAUACCCCAUGCUUUGUUUGGUUUUGUUUUGUUUCCCCAUGUAAACUCCUUUCCUUGCCCCAUCAGAAGGCCCACCAUAAGAGAAUACUAUCAUAAAUAUGUGUCACACAUGUUCUCCUAGUAAAGGCAGUGUAGUUGUGGGGUUCUGAUAGGACAGGUAUGCAGUCAGUUCCUUGGAUACUGGAGGCUCCAGAAAAGCCUUAUCUCUUUGGAAAAGGGACUGGCGAGGAAGCCGUUUGGGGAUGGGAAGAAAUGGCUAAAGGGAAAGUCAACAGCAUGCUGUGGACAUGCAAGAAAGCUGGGCUACACAUGGACAGUUCCACAACAGCAUCUUCUAAGCCCCUGUCCUUUUAAGUCCUGGCACAAUCUCGAGUCCAUCUUCCCCUUAAGAAUCUAAGAAUUAAGGAAGAGGCGCAUUGCUAUCGUUGGGGCUACUGUCUGUGUAUACGACCCUGUAUGUAAGUGUCCAGCCUACGACAAUAAACAGGCAGCUACCGUAUAUACUCAUGUAGAAAUCACAAUUCUUUAAUCCAAAAUCAAUCCAAAAAGGACCUGGGUCGACAUCCAUGGGUGAGUGUGAGUACUGCAGUACUCAGUGUGAGUACUGCAGUACUCAGUGUGAGUACUGCAGUAUUGUUAUAAACCUUAACUCAGGCAUGGGCAAACUUUGGCCCUCCUCAAAGUGUUUUGGACUUUAAUUCCCACUGUUCCUAACAGCCUACUGGCUGUUAAGAAUUGUGAGAGUUGAAGUCCAAAACACUUUGAGGAGGGCCAAAGUUUGCCCAUGCCUGCCUUAAGUGUUCAAUACAAAAGGAGUCACGCCCUUCUUGAGCAAAGUGGCCAAAGGCAAGAGCCAAGUCUGUCCCAGGAGAGCCAGAAAGAAGCAGCCACUUCCCCUAUUCUCUCCCAACUUUUUAUUUAUUUAUUUAUUUAUUUAUUUAUUUAUUUAUUUAUUUGGUUUUAUUUACAACAUUUCUACCCCGCCUUUCUGACCCAAGGGGACUCAAGGCGGCUUACAGAAAUUAGCAAAAUUGAAUGCACAAACCAAAGUUCACUAAAAUCAACAACACGUUCAGAUCAAUUAACAAUGCAUAAUAAAAAACACAUUAUACAAAACUUAACACUACUUCUGGCUUUUAAAAUUGAUAUCUGGAUGCUUUCCCCUCUCUCUGGAAUGACUCUCAACUUAUCCAUGGGUCAUAUCAAAAUCCAUCAUUUUGACCCCAAAAAUGUGAUCCUGACUUAGAAUAUUAGAGUCAGAAGAAACCACAUGCAGGAUAAGCACAGUCAAAGCACUCCCAACAGGUGGCCAUUCAGCCUCUGUUUAAAAGCCUCCACUACACUCGGUUGUAUAGUUCCGCUAUUGAACAGCUCUUCUUAUAGUCAGGAAUUUCUUCCUAAUGUUCAACUGGAAUCUCCUUUCCUGUAAUUUGAACCCGUUGCUCUGAGUCCUAGCUUCCAGGAUAGCAGAAAGGAAGCCUGCUCCAUCUUCCUUUCAAAUAUUUGAACAUGACAAUCAUAUCUCCUCUCAAUCUUCUCUUCUGCAGGCUAAGCAGGCCCAGCUCUUUAAGCCGCUCCUGAUUAGGCCUCCUUAUACAUGAGGUCAACUUAUCCAUGAGUAUAUACGGUACACCAUUCCCAACCCAUGCCCUCCUGAAUCCACCCUCCCUGCUCCCCUCACAGCAUAUCAUGAUUAGUAGGAAGGAUGCAUUUAGGAUCACUAGGCCAUACCCUCUGCCAUUGGCCUGCUACAGGUUGCAUCAAGAACUGUUUGUAAGGCAACCACCACAAUCAUUAGAGACUUGCACACACAUUGUGGAGGAAUAUUUGGUCUCUAUAGCGAAGUGCAGUGUAGCCAGUGCUAGACAUGAGCUUAUGGUAGGAAACUGGAGGGAAAAUACAAAAGAGGCUCUCCUAAAACUUAAAAAGAGUAAAACUUAUUUUUUGUGUUGUCGAAGGCUUUCAUGGCCGGGAUCACAGGGUUGUUGUAUGUUUUCCGGGCUGUCUGGCCAUGUUCCAGAAGUAUUCUCUCAUGACGUUUCACCCACAUCUAUGUACCUCAUAACCUUUGAGGAUGCCUGCCAUAGAUGUGGGCGAAACGUCAGGAGAGAAUACUUCUGGAACAUGGCCAGACAGCCCGAAAAACAUACAACAACCCCACUUAUUUUUUUUAUUAUUAUUAUGGCAGGCAGUGCAUCUUGGAUAAAAGAGCAAAUAGACAAAAUAAAGUUUGACAAACUUUGGUGGAAGAGGCCCUAAUGCUGACUGCCAAGUCUGUGCGUGAGGCAGAGAAGUCUCAUGGUGCUUCCUUCUCAAAUGAAGGGGAAUAAAAACACACUCAAAACCUUUUGGAAGAAGAAGGGGGAAGUAGCCUCUCCAUCCAGGCAGGAAACAAAGCACCCCAACUUACAUACAUUUAGGAAACAGAGGUGAAAACAAGUCUGCAGGUAUGUACCACAGUUUCCCCUUGUCCCAAUUCCUCCAAUAUACAAGUGUUGAUGCUUUUUCACUUCUAAGAAGUUGAUGGCCCCGUCAAAUGGGAACCGAGGGUCUUUUUGGCCCUAUUCCGAAGGGCCUGUCUGCUCAGCAGGCACGGCUAAGGUCUCAGGGUACUGCCAGGGACAUGCAACCGCCCCGAGUUUGGGGAAGUUACUCUUUGGGAUACAAUUCUCAGAACUUCCCGGUCGAUGGGAAAUCCCGAGAGUAGUAGGAGCCCAGAAAGAUCACUUCUGUCACCACAGAGAAGCUCAGGAGGCAACUGCAUCGUGCAAAGGUUCAGGAGGAGCCCUGGGAUGGAUGGAGAUGCCAAGUGGCGGAGCUCCGGUGUGAAAAAGCCCCCAGAGAAACCAGCACCACUGUGCUCCUGACCCUCCUCCUCCUCCUCCUCUUUCAAAACCCCGGCGCACGGGCGGGUUGUGUGUGUCAUGCUGGCUUUGUUCCCCCACCCCUUCCCUUUUUUUCUUAUCUGAAGUGUGUGUAAAUGAUAGAUCCUAUUUCUCUACUGUCGUGGGGAGGGUUUGGGUGGGGAAACCUUUCUCUGUGCACUGUUAACUGCAGGGUCUUUUGGAAUUUGCUGUAUGGACCAACAGAAAAUAAAAUAAAAUCUGUAUGUUCUUUAAUAAAAACAGAUUACCAGAAAAGAAA